CAUGUUGGAGGAAGGCACGCCAUCCCAACCACCUUCCUUACUUUAUUGCGACGGCUGCUGUGUUCAGUCGCGCGCUUCUUCCCUUGCCUGAUCCCUGCGCAGCGCUCGUUCACGUUGGGGCAUCGGACGCCGUCUUACCCCACCGCUUAUCAAUCUUCCCUCGUGCGUGCAGCCAUCAACAAACACGGGCGGCUGACCACAGCACCGGGUCCCUUCGCUUCUGGUGUGGUCGCCAUAUUCUUGCUGCAUGCGCUGCUGUUCCCGCUGCACCCUCCCCCGGCCGCUUGCGGCUCGUCACACAGACAUCGUCAUCGUCGCGGACGUGCUUUGUUUCACAUCUCGGUCGACUCCAGCUUCGCCGGUUUCUCAGGGCCAACCCGACACAUUCGCGCGACUCCUGAAUCAGGGGAAGCUUUGCCCUUCACUAUGUCUUUCAGCGACUCGGAGAUCGAGCUGGUGAGCUCGCAGCUGGAGCUGGGCAACGACGACAUUCCCGAAGAAAGAGACAUGUUUCUCUCAGACGACGCUGGCGACGGCCAGGCGUUUGCUCCUCCCCCACGGGUCGCCGCACGCUUCUACCGCCACGCCAGCAACCGCCGCAAGUCGUCCGCAGCAUCGUCCCGUCGCAACUCGCUGUCCUCAACCCACUCCCACACCUCGUCCCGCUCCACAAUCCGCAACAGCUGCCAGAGCCACCACAUUGCUCAGCACCUCCGUCGUGUCUCCAUCCUAGAAACCCGCAAGGCACGACUGGCCGACAGAGCUGCCCAUGCCGAGCAGGUCCGUUUGCGCGCCGCCGCCGCCAAGGCCACACCACGUGUCUCCAACAGCGAGGAGAAGGCGCUGGCCGCCAAGGAGGCUCGCGAGCGACAUCUUGCGCAGGUCGCGGCGUCAUGUGCCGAGGAAGUGCGCAGGGCCAAGAAGAUCGCAGAGGAUAUGAAGGAGCGAAAGGCCGCCGAAGAACGCAGAUACCGCCUUGAGAUGGAGGAGAAACACGCAGAGGCAGAGAGGAGGAGACUGGAAUACAAGCGUAGCCCUCGCAGACCGCGAACUGCAAGCUCGCCUCCCGCCGAUGCGAAGAAAGAAGCCCAGCUAUCACCUGUACCAACUUCUGAGGACGCUGCUAAGCGCAUCCAGGCAGCAUGGAGGGCGAGAACCAGGAAAAACAUCGUGGACGAGUGGCUGGAGACUGGAUUAUCAAUUGAGAGGAUUAGCAGUACGACUUUUGAGGAUAUGACUACUAUGCUGGCCGACGAGAAGCUCUUGAAGAUGACGGAGAAAGUUAUGGAGCUGUUCGUUCUUCUACCGGACCCUGACCCAGCUGCCCGUGGCACAGCCGUUCGAACGUUCCUAUCCUCAUACCUCAUCUUGGGUCACCCAGCCAAUGUGUUGAGCCGAGAUGGAGAUCAAGAGCAAGAUCUUAUAACCAAGGCCAAGGACUUGGUUCUCUCGUUUGAGUCGGCUCUCGGAAAGCUUACAACCUUCAACUACUACACUCCUUCCCCUACCAGGACCGAGACGGUGCUGUUGGCUCACAGUGCAUUCGUGGCGGCCUUCAACGACUGGAAAGCUCGCGACUCCUCUGCUCUGAUCGAGACCAUGGUCGCUUCCUUUGUCAGUCUUGAUGAGAUAUGGCAGAGCGUCAAGGACGCCACCGUUGAGGAGGUUGCGAAUGAGUACAGGAUAGGCAUUCGAGACAAUCAAGCUAUCUUGCUCAGCAGGAUAAAGAAGCUCGCCGGCCCAGACAAGGCGUUGACCUUGAUACGAAAGGCCAUACGGGAAGCUCGAAGGUCGCGGCCGAAGAAGCGCCCUGCAGGAGAGACAGUUCGACCUCGAGUUGCUAUCGAUGUGUCUUCUGGGUCGCCAAUCGAAGGCGAGAACGCCGCCAUGCAAGCCGAGGCUGCUUCUGAGCUUGCAGCUUCCGGCCAGGCAGCACAUCUUGAGUCUGCUGCACAAGGACAUCAAGCCCAGUCGUUGUCGAAGGUCUUCACGGUUGUCCCAGACAACCGUGUGCUUGUCCACGAAUUGUCCAUCGACAAAGAGUACCGCAUCGAUGCGUCGCCAACAGCCGAUUUGAGAGAUGCCCUCAACCGCGAGCUAUGUGACGCUAUGCGCAAGGGUUUCGAAGAUGGCGACAGUGCACAGUGGACAGCUGCUAUGGCAGAAAACAUUCGUGCUAAGCUGUUGCGCUUGUUAAAAGCCGGCAAUUCGAUGCACACACUGAUUUCCGAGACUUUGGACCCAGAUCACAUCAAGAAGCAGUGCAAUCAAGGGCUUUUCUCAUACGAGAAGUUCUUCAGCUUUAUUGCAAAUAUCUUGCCCAAACUUUGUGCACCUUUCCGAGAUGCUCAGGUCAAAGAGUUGGCAGACGAGCUACAGGAGGAGGGCGAGCUUCCUGAGAUGGUGGAGAAGCUAUUCAAACUUCUGCACGUCAUCGAUCUCCUUUCGCUGGACUAUUCGAACUUCCUUCUUAUGAACGCCGCGCCUACCCUGAUCAAGGAGGCGACUGGUUACGAGCAACGCAUGUUUGCGCAGGACUUGGAAGAGGGCAAUAUUACCCUGGAUCGCACACGGCGCUGGUGGCGUAGUGCAGCUAUCAACAUGCACACUGAGGCCGAUCGCCGCGAUCCAUGGACGCAGCCUAACCCUAUGAACCGUCAAACGGCCCAUAAGAUUUACGCUCGCGGACUUGUCGACCUUGCAAUCUCUGUUCCGCCACUACGCGAUUCUGAGCUCCCAGAAACACUCGCGCUGGACCGAGCUCGCAUCUCCCGCAUUCGCGCAGAUGCCCUGCGUAUCACUACUAUCGGCGGCAUUUUGCUGACGGCGAAGAACCUCCUGAAGCGUGAUGUACGCUCGCAGUGGAAGCCCCAGGCGAACCGCAUGUGGGAUGUUCUCAAAGAUGGCUACAUGAAGGAUCCCACCACAGCUUCCAAGAUCUCGUCGCUACUCGAGUCUUCGCAUAAUAUGCCUCCGUCGACGCGCGCUCAGCUGUCCGCGACAGUUACACGUCUCUUGACUCAAGCCGAGUCAUGCAAGCUCUCCGAUCCUGUCACCAAAGUCCUCUUCCAGCGCCUCAAGACGCAUAUAUUCAACCGCGUGUCGGCUAGCAGCUCGGGAGAGCGCGUCAAGGCUGCUAGUACCGCUACCGAGGGGCUGGCGACGACUGGACUUGCAGAGUUCGUGCCGCAGGUUGCAGACAUUUGCGAGCAGCUGAGCAAGGUUGGCGAUGUCGACCGCAAGGCGCACGGCAAGUGGUAUGAGGAGAUUGCCGAGCAGAUGGAGAACGAGCCGCUCGAGGGCGAGGAACUGGCGAGAAGCGAACGCGAUGGAUCCACUGCUUCUGGAUCAUCUUCUUGAGCGAUUACUUCGUCUACUCUUGUUUAGCAGAGCCGGGGCUUGGAUGUACGGCGCUUUCUUUCUUUCUCUUCAUGGUCUAUCCACAGUCCGCUUUCUUUCCUGAUUUGUGUCACAAUCAGCAGUUUUUCUUCGGCGCGUUCUGCAUGGUGUUGGGGUUGCUUCUUUGUGUGGAAGCGCUAUAUAUGGGUUUCGAGCACUUAUUGUUGUUCAUUGCUAAUCAGUUGA